AUGGACACUUAUCUAGAUCGCACAUUCCUCGACCUAGAUCCAACAUCAGACCUGGCUACUCUGGCCUCAGGUCUUGUCCGCAUCGACUCUCUUUUCCGUGACAUUGCCUUAUCUUCAUCAUCCCAUCCUUCAAACAAUAACAAUAACAAUAACAACCACAACCACACCAACAACCCAUCACCAUCACCAUUGCCCUCCUUCACAGAUCCCUUAACCCAACAACCAGUCUCCUUUACAUCGUCCCUUGAUGCCUCCUCAGCAUACGCUUGCUACGCAGCUCUUCAAUCUCACUAUGCAUACAACGUGGCUGCCCGGCUUAUUGCCGUGGUGGCUCGGCUUGUAGCUGAGUACCGUCGUAACACCUGGGCGUUGCAUGCGUUUGAUGAUUUAGAGGACGAUUACGAAGAAGAUGAAAACAGCAGAGACAGUAGUACAAGUGGAUCAUCAACCACUAAAAAUACAACCGGUAGAUAUAGGAAAGUCACAAGAACAGUUUCAGUGGCUGACAUGAUGGCAGGCCAAGGGGUGAUCCCCCUAGGAGCCUCUACAAAAUCACAGGGAACGGGUUGCUACACCGCAGGAUUAGGCUCAGCAAGAGCUGCAGCGGCAAGCGUUUACCGGGCUACAGCUGCACGCGGUGACGAAUCUUCUUUGGAUGACGACGAUUCCGUAGCAGGCUCAGAUGUGAGCUCAGCUUCAGUCCACCAUCAGCAGAUCAGAGAUAGUGAGACAUGGGCCCGAAUGCAAAGCGUGGCCCAGACUCUGGCACGUCUUGGGAAUGCACUUGAACAUGCACUAGAUUUAUUACAAGGAGCUUUACUAUUACAUGCGCCAUCGCGAGGGUUAUAUGCACGCAAGGCCGCGAUGCUUGGAAUUUUGGAACUGUUAGUAUAUGAUAAACAAGUUGCAUCGCAAGUAAGUGGGUCUGAAACUUCAGCUGUUAGCCACAAGCGGUCUACAAGUGGAGGUGCGGCGGUUGCCGCUCCAUUGGACGAAUCUUCGCUUGUGAUUAUGCAUCUCCCCCAGAUCCAAGUUGCUGCAAUUAGUACACUUGUAUCUGCAAUGGUGCACGAGCCGGCCACGAUUCGCCAGUUUGAGCAGUGUGAUGGGGUUGCCGUUAUGUGUCGGUUAUUUCGUGCAUCGCAAACGCCUAAAGAUGUCAAGCUGCGGAUCCUCGAAUUUUUAUUCUUUUACUUGAUCCCAGAGUGCCAACAGAGCAGUAACAACAAUAACAACAACAAUAACAAUAACAAUAACAAUAACAAUAAUAACAUUAAUAAUAAUAAUAAUGGCACAGGAAGGAAAACUACCAGGGAAAAGGCUAACGGGUUGAGAAAAUUUUUAGGAAAUGUAGACGGGUUGUUAGAAGAAUUGGAGGUCAGCAAACCGUUUGGAAAUCUGGACACUAUUGAUUGGUGA